AGAGAGAAAGCAAAAGUGUGAGGUUAACAAGAACCAAAAAUUCUUACAAGAUUUUAGAUGGUUUUAUACUGAAAAUCUAGAAAAAUAUGGGUGAAUUUGAGUGGCCAUGGGAAUACAACUUUCCUCCGUUCUUCACGAUUCAGCCCCACGAUAAAACACGGGAGCACCAGCUCAAAGUGUGGAUGAACCUGGUCCUCAAGUACCAGAAACACAACAAGGAGGCCGUGCUCACUGUGAAUCAGGACAGCCCUCUGUUCUCGAACGAUUCUAUCAAGCGACAACUUUCCGCGGAUGCUCGUGUGCAAGUUCUCGAGGAGUUGCAGAAGGCCGGUAACGCCGCUCCUCUGGCCAAUAAGCUCCGAUGGGAGAUCUAUUGGUACACUCUAGACGAGUGGGCAGACAAAAUCUACGCCUGGGUCACGAACUGUGGCCUCAACAACACCGUUUGCACGCUGUAUGAGCUCACGAAUGGAGACAAUUCGACGACGGAGGAGUUCUACGGACUGGAUGAGGGAGUGGUCAGGAAAGCGCUGAAGAAACUGGAGGAGAAGAGAAAGUGCGAAUUAUUCGACGAUGAUUCAGACGGUGUGAAAUUCUUCUGAUCACUCUUGAAUUUCAUCAGAAUUGAUAAAAGGAUAUCUUCUAGAAUAGAAGAUAAGGAUUUUUUCAUAUGUAUAACGGGUAAGAACCGUAAUAACGUAAAAAUGUGUACAUAUAUAAAUUGUAAUCUAACAUUUCAGCCAAUUUGCAUACGAACAAUGGCAUAAUUUGUAAUAUUUUUAGUUCAAUUAUUUUAUAUAUGAAACGCCCAGACAAGACCAAUUUUUGCUGGGUUAACUGCCUUAAUAGAAAUGCUAGAUGC